GAUGUGGCGGAGGCGGACCUCGCGGACCCGAACCCGGACGUUCAGGACCUGUUCCGGCACUACGACCGCCUCUACUUCCGGGGCGCGCUCGCCGACGCCGGCUUCAUCGUCAAGUGGGGCUCCUUGCCAUACAGCAGGCUUUUGGAUUUCUUAAAUGGAUGGGGGAAGCACCAUGAAAUUGAAUGGGUAGUUGAAGCUUUGUUAUGUCAAACACCAAAAUAGGAACUUUGGUGGUGCUUUCAAUGGGUGCUAUACUUAAUGACUCAACCUGAUGGUUGUGUAAUGAACAAGUAGCAGUAAAUACGAGCCAACAAAAGAUCAUACUUGCAAGUUUAUAUCCUUGUAUUAUAAGCAUCCCUGAUUUAUUGUUUUAGAUAACAGCAUCCUUCGAAUGAAUGAUCUUCAUUUAGUUUUGAAUUAUGAAUCUUGUAAUAACACUGAUUGGGUUGUCUAUACAUAGUUCUUUUGGAUCUUGCACCUUUGCUAAACCAAGAAAUACCAUAACACUCUCCGAGCCGGUUCUGGAGUCUCGCUCAUGUACUGACCGGAAGAAUGCAUUGCUGCAUGAAAUGAUUCAUGCGAUCAUAUAUGUUAAGCGUAACAGGAUGGACAGCUCCCAUGGCCCUCAUUUUCGUGAUUGGAUGGAUGCUAUUAACUCUUGCUCCAUAAGGGAUCACCAAAGACCAGAUGGUGGGUACAAUAUCACCACCCGCCAUGAUUUCCAUCCAGAAAAGCCGCACAGCUUCUUCAAGGGUAUCUUGUGGAAGUGCGAAUCUUGUGGAGAUACACUUCUUAGGGCUACAAACCAGGGUCCUCCAUCUGAUGCCUGCUGCAUUGAGAACGUUAACAGCGGCCGCGGCGCAUCCUGCGGGAACAUGCUUUGUCACUGGCACAACCACAAGAAUGACUGUUGUGGCACAUACGAAAAAACAGUGUUGGAAUCAGAUGCACUAUCUCUAAAGAGUGUUCCAGGAGGUGCUCAGUUACUUCUGACCUCCCCGUUGGAAAUGUGCAAGUCAAAAGGAGCUAUUCAAGAAUCCAAUUCGUCUGCAUUGCUGGGCAAUACUAAAGGUACAAAAACGAAUGCUGAAGACGAACAUCUCCCUCUAGUGAGUGGUAGCAACGGGAAAUCUCAGGGGAGUAGCUCGUCUAAGAAGGCAAGCAAGAGACGCAGGACAGAAGUUGCUCUAGAAACAAGUGUUCUGCUUGCUGAAUCUCCAAGAAAAUCAAAGGGGAAGCAGGAUUUGGUUGCAGCAGAGGACAACAUUUUGUCUCUAGUUGGUUGCAGCACUCCAAAAUCAACAAGAAGUAGCAAGAAGGUAGUCAAGGCUGACAUGCAGCAUAAGCCUGAUGAUGUUCAGAAAAACUGUGGUCUGCCUGCUUCUCUUGAAGGAAAACCAAAUCAGAAGAAAGUUGGCAAGCGGCAUAAGCCUGAUGAUGACCAGAAACCUAGUGGUCUACCUUCUACACCCCUAGGAACACCAAAAGUGAAACACACAUUGAUCAAAACAGAAAAGGACAAGCUUUCCUCAGCAGAGGACUGCAAUGUUGCAAAAUCACCAGGAAGCACAUUAAGGAAAACAGGAGAGCGGCAUGAGCCCCAGAUCGCUCAGAAAGCCUGUUCUCAGCCAGCUUGCCCUCAGAAGAGACUGAAGCAAGGCUUGGUUGCACUGGAGAAGAAAGAACAUUCCCCUACAAUGGGCUGCAGCAAUGAGAAGUUACUGGGCAAGAGCUCCUCAAAGAAGGCACGCAGACAGCAUCAGCCUGUAGACAUUAGGAGAACCACUGUUCUGCCAGCUGCCCCUGGAUGUAAAGCAAAGGCAUCAGGCGUUGUUGCAUUGGAGAAGCAGAGAAAGGGAAAAUGCAAAAGGAAGCCUGUGAGGGAAAAGGAGUAUGCUGUGAUGAGUGCGUGGCUGGACUACUAUGAAUCAGACAGGUCAAGCGGAUCAAUCGAACCCCUUGUAAACAAAAGAACAGAGCGAAGAGAAAGAGAGAGAGAAAGAGCAAGAAUUCUAACUUAUUCACGAUCAAAGAAGACUGACCCAGCACCAUUGAUCAGCUCUAGGACAGAGGCCUCAGUCAGUAGCCACAGAAUCAAGAUGUUGGCUCAUAAAGACGAAUCAAUGCAACCAUGCUCUGACACUGGUGUUCUUACUACUGCUAACCAAACCUCGGUAGUGGUGACACAAGCCACCGGAGAUCAUUACCAGGCAUCUGCGCCAUGCCUGGAUAUCGUUCCACUUCAGCCAACAGAUCCGCCCGGUUUAACACCUUCAGAUCAAAGCACCACCCCUGAAAUAAUAGCCAUUUCCGAUGAUGACUGAUUGUGCUACUCCUUUUCGGUGAUGUUAUCUUAGAUUAUUUUGGAUGGUUGCUGGGCUCAAUGGUAGCAAUCCUGCAACAGGCAAUGCGUCGUAUGGAUGAGCAACCAGCCCACUGGACGUGGACUGCCAUGGUGUUGGAAGUGACAGAGAUCUGGUUAGUUCUUUUUUUUUGGCCAUAUCUGGUUAGUUCUUUUUUUUUUGGCCAUAUCUGGUUAGUUCUUACUAAGAAUAGUUCUGAUGACCACAGUCCCCUGGACUAUGAACUCACGAAUCAUCCUAAUGUAAAUUGCUGGGAUAGAGUCACGUAUCUGCAGCAUGUAAGGUUGAACUGUUUCGUGAAUAUGUCGCCAGAGUGUGCCACUGUGCCGCAGCAUGAAUGCCUUUGAAAUGUUUCAUCUAGUGCGCAUGAUUUUUUUUU